GUCAACUUUAGUUCGUGUUCUCUGUGUCAUGAUGGCUUCAUCAAAUAAUGGCUUUAAAUCGGUUUAAAAAGUUUAAAGGGGACCCGGGUCUUGUUCACGAUCGUUCAAAAUCGAUCAAGACGUGACCUGACCGGCCUCUCAUCAAACAAAAAUCCAAUUUAAACCAUUCACCAUCACCGUACAAUAGAAGGUUGAAAAGUUGAGGUUAUACUCUUCAUCGAAGACAACAACUUUACUCAUUUCAUUUUGUGCUGUUAAAACGAAAAAGGUGUUUCGAAUUUGAAAUUGGUUAUUUUUGGUAGUGGUGUGCGGUUUAAAAGUAGCAUGGCCACAGCCGUUCAAAAAAACGGCAUGAAACCACUACCGAACGGAAACGGGCUCGUCCAUAAAGUAUCAGAAGGUUUAACCACUCUUCAAGAAUCACCUAGUUUUCAUCAACAAGAUAAUUCAAUACAAAAAAUUAACCAAAACCUAUCUUCCUAUCAAAACGAUGUCGCAGAUAAAAUUGAAAGCGAUCAACUUUUACCGCAGCCGCAGCAGCAGCAGCCCGAGGACGCGGAACCAGAAAUUGAUAUAGUGAUAAACAACGUCGUGUGCAGUUUUAGUGUACGGUGUCAUUUGAACUUGCGCGAUAUCGCUUUGAACGGAUUGAACGUCGAGUAUCGAAAGGAAAACGGCAUGGUCACGAUGAAGCUUAGGAGGCCGUACACGACGGCGAGCAUUUGGUCCUCAGGUAAAGUGACGUGCACCGGAGCGACGAGCGAAGAUCAGGCGAAGAUCGCAGCUCGUAGGUUCGCGAGGUGUUUGCAAAAGUUGGGGUUUAAUGUGCGGUUUAAUAAUUAUCGGGUUGUGAACGUUUUGGGAACGUGUUCGAUGCCAUUUGCUAUUAGAAUAAAUUCGUUUUCGGAACGACACAAAGAAGCCGAUUACGAACCGGAACUUCAUCCCGGCGUCACUUACAAACUGAAGAGUCCCAAAGCCACAUUAAAAAUCUUCUCAACGGGAAGUGUCACUGUUACAGCUCCUAGCGUAAUGGAUGUCCAAGCAGCAAUCGAACACAUUUUUCCGCUAGUUUAUGAAUUUCGCAAAGAGAGGUCGCCAGAAGAUAUUCAACAAGCGGCUAAGAAACGUAGAACAUCAAACGGACCGGAAGCAUUCUUUAUAGAAACGUGUAGUCCAGAAAACGAGGAAGAAGAGGACGUGGCCAGUGACGUUUCAUGGGAUUAAAACUGUUUCGAAAAAGAAAAACAUUUCGUUUUAUUACUCUUUGAUGGUUUAGAAAAAGUUUCUUGAAAGUUGAAGAGUUCGAUUGGACACUGCCAUUUCAAAAUGUUUUUUCCCUGUUUUCUUGUAAAAAUCGUCGAUUUCCGUUUAUUAAUUAAAUCGAUUUUGUAUUGCAACAUUUUGAAAUCGAGUUUAGAGAGACUGAAAAGAAACGAUGAUGAUGAUGUGAAGAAAAAGUUCGUUUUUUCGUUUCGUUUUUAGUGAAAAUGAAAAAACCUAUUUAAGUGUUUUUUUUUUCUUUAAGUGUUCAUCAGCAAUUAGAUUUAUAAAUAAAUAGAUUUUUGCGACUUGAAUGAAAUGAAUCGAUUUAAAGCUUUUCCAAAGAACUUUAUUCGUUUUUUUUAUAAUUUUUUUCUUUUCUCUAAUUAAAGUAUUAUUA